AUGGCCAGAAAAAGAUCCGAAAAAAUCAAUCUCCCUCUGGAUAUAACGUUAGAGAUACUAAAGAAACUUCCUACAAAGUCUCUGGCGAGGUUUCAUUGCGUCUCGUAUCGAUGGGCAAGUAUCAUCAGAGAGUUUAUAAUAGUAAAUGACUCGAUCGUAACUCAACGACCGCGUGAUCCCCACUUCAUCUUCCAUCGCAUGACUCAGUGUUUAACUGAUCAAAGUACUUUGAGGGCUUUUUCAUCACACGAAACUUUCUCCAUCUUCUCGUAUACUUACCUUCAACGUCAAAUCACAAACGAAGAACAACUCUACCAUGAGAAAGUCUUUGGAAACGGAAAAGUACGUAGGGCAACGUUUCAAUAUGUACGUGGUUUGAUAGGGUUUUGGUUUCAAGGGUCUAAUCAGUUCAAAAUACACAACCCUACCACUAGUACUAAAACUGUUUUCUUACCCAUUGAGCGUUUACCCACAAGCUGCUCAUUCUUAUUCGGGUACGACCCUUUCAAGAAUCAAUACAAAGUAUUGUGUCUACCACGUUAUUAUCAGAAGGAGUGUUGUAAAGUUUUCAUAUUGGAAGAUUCCUUAAACAUGUGGUGGGACAUCGAAUGCGACAUUGGCCAUCAAUCGCCAUGUGAACAAGCAGUUUGCAUCAGCGGUGUCAUCUAUUACAGAGCAAAGUCGAAAAAGAACUGGAGUUAUGUUUUGAUGAGUUUCCAUCUUAGGUCUGAUAAAUUCAAACUUGUUCAGAUUCCCGAAAAUCUGCCACUUGACGAUAAAGAUACGACUCUUGUAAACUACCAAGGGAAGUUAGGAUGCAUAUGUCGCAUCAACGACGAGGAUGUGGACAUGUGGGUUAUGGAGGAUGCCGAGAAACAAGAAUGGUUGAAGAUUACUUUUGGUUCCAUGCUUCAAGAUUUAUCAACUUGGGAUAUCAGAUUUGCGGGUGUCACAAAUCCUGGUGGUGAAAUCGUUAUAGUCCAUAGAGAAUAUCUCAGUGAGUUUACUUUAGAUGUUUAUUAUUAUGACCCGGAACAAAAGAUUCGAAGAAGAGUUGAAAUCCAGACUCCAACGUCGUUAUUAAGAGUAAGGCCAAGUGAUAUUCUUACAAUAUGGGCUGUAACGGAUCAUGUUGAGAAUAUAAUGUGUUUCCCAAAGGUUUCUGUCUCUUGA